GUAGAUAACAGAUUUUUAUUUCCUAAAAUUAUUCUGCCACCAUUUACUAUUGCAUCUUAUUAUUCUUUUAUAAAAUUAGAGAGUUGGCCUUCUCUAUCUAUGGUGGAAAACAUACAAAGCUAAGCUGGAUAAAGAGAAGCAAAGCAAGGCAAAGCGCCCCCCCCACACUCUCUCUCUCUCUCUCUCUGCCCUGCUCCUCUCUUCUCUCUCCUCUCUUCUCUUUUCAUUUUAUUGAGGGAUAGGGUGCAGGUAAGGUGGGAGAGGGGGAGUAGAGUUCACGGUGGCGCACCCUAGCACCAGGGGUCUAAUUGUGCCCCCUGGUUCGUUUCGUGGAUUCUUGUAGUCGCUUCGUUCUCACGGUAAUACUACUUUGAAAGGAAAAGGGCGGAGAGAGAAUCGAAAGUUUCCUUUCAUUUAAUCCACCCAUCAACUGCUGCUACAGAGAGUGGAGACCAAGCAAGCCUGGCGGACCUCAAGGGAACCUUGGCGUUCCUUCGAUCGUCCCUUAUCUCAAUAGUGGCAGAUCGGUUCGACUUCAAAUCAAAGAAGAGGAGGAAGAGGAGAGGGAUUUACGGUGCGAAAAUGCUUUGGAUUCUACGAUUUUCAGGCUUCUUCUCUGCCGCUCUUGUCAUGAUUAUACUCUCUCCGUCUCUCCAAUCCUUCCCUCCAGCUGAAGCCAUUCACUCCUCCAAUCUCGACGGUCACCUCCGUUUCCCCCUUCUCCUCUCCCCUGCCGAUUCCCUCACCCAACUAUCCUUCCGAAAAUCGACUAUAUUCCGCAAUGCUGAUGAAUGCGGCUUCUCCGACCACCAAAGCAGAGGCAAGACCAGUGUCUGUGAUCCUUCAUUGGUCCACGUAGCGAUUACUCUCGACGUGGAGUAUCUUCGUGGCUCAGUUGCUGCUGUUCACUCAAUUCUGCAGCACUCAAUGUGUCCGGAGAAUGUGUUCUUCCAUUUUUUAGUAUCUGAGACCAAUCUGGAAUCCCUGGUUCGAUCCACUUUCCCUCAAUUGAAGUUCAAAGUUUAUUAUUUCGAUCCGGAGAUUGUUCGCAGCCUCAUUUCCACCUCAGUUAGGCAAGCGCUGGAGCAGCCACUCAAUUACGCUAGGAAUUAUCUGGCUGAUUUGCUUGAGCCAUGUGUUAAAAGAGUGAUUUAUUUGGACUCUGAUCUAGUUGUCGUUGAUGAUAUUGCAAAGUUGUGGACUACUAAUUUGGGUUCUAGAAUAAUCGGGGCUCCGGAAUAUUGCCACGCCAACUUCACUAAGUAUUUCACGGCGGCUUUCUGGUCCGAGAAGCGGUUUUCAGGGACAUUUCGGGGGCGGAAACCCUGUUACUUUAACACUGGAGUGAUGGUGAUAGAUCUGGUGAAAUGGAGAUGGGCCGGGUACACGAAGCGGAUUGAGAGGUGGAUGGAGAUCCAGAAGAGUCACCGGAUUUAUGAACUGGGUUCGUUGCCGUCGUAUCUUUUGGUGUUUGCGGGACACGUGGCGCCGAUUGAGCACCGGUGGAACCAACAUGGGUUAGGUGGUGAUAAUGUGAGAGGGAGUUGCCGGGACUUGCAUCCGGGUCCGGUUAGUCUAUUGCAUUGGUCAGGUAGUGGAAAGCCGUGGCUCAGGCUCGACUCAAAGCAACCGUGCCCUCUUGAUGCACUGUGGGCACCAUACGAUUUGUACGGACGCCCACCUUGAAAAACUCUACUCUACUCGCCGGUAAAUUAAUUACCCUUCAGGAAACCUUUUUUGUUAAUUUAUUUAUUUCUUUUUUUGUUUUAUAAUUUGUCAUAUUUUGGCAUUUGUUCUUCAUAUGACCUCAAUUUUUUUUUUAGUUUUAAUUUCAAGUCAUUUCUGAGGCGAUUUGUAUUCUAUUCUAUCAUCCCUGCCUUUGAAAAAUAAUAAUAAAAACAAGGGGGGCAUUCAAUUUGUUA